AUGUCACAAAUUAGCUUCUUCACACUACUCCUACUACUCACUCUCUUCACCACAACCCAUUUCACUAAAGUCCUCUCACAAGAGCCUCCAAACCUCGAAACCGAAACCGAAAACCGAGCUCUACAAGCCUUUCGAAGCUCCAUAACCCACGACCCGUCGGGCUUCCUCCUCGAUUGGGCCCGGCCCAAUCCCCACUGCAACUGGUCCGGGAUCGCCUGCGAUCCUGUUUCCCGAGAAGUCAUUUCCAUUUCCCUCUCUAACAACAACCUAACCGGCACAAUCUCUCCAUCGCUCGGAAACCUCUCGAAUCUCCAAGUUCUCGACUUGUCACUUAACUCGUUCGCGGGAAUAAUACCUCCCGAGCUCGGGUUUUGUACUCACCUCACUCUACUCAACCUCUACGAAAACUCGCUCUCUGGCCCCAUCCCACAAACCCUCGGUUAUCUAACCGAGCUCCUACUAAUCGACUUUGGAGAUAAUUCUCUAAACGGAACCAUACCCUCGACUCUUUUCAACUGCACUUCUUUACUACAACUCAGCUUCCUCAACAACAAUCUCACGGGCCAAAUCCCGGUCGAGCUCGGCAGAUUAUCCCGCCUAGAAAUGUUUUUAGCUUUCGGAAAUAGCUUAGAGGGUCCUAUACCCGUUUCCAUCGCUAGACUCGAUAAACUCCAAUUUUUAGACUUGAGCGAAAACCGAUUAUCGGGAGAAAUCCCUCCCGAAAUCGGGAACUUGUCGAGCCUCGAGAUUUUACAGCUGCACGUCAACUUUCUAUCGGGCGAAAUCCCGGCCGAGCUAGGCAACUGCACGAAGCUAGCUCAGCUGAACCUCUACACGAACGAACUAACCGGCCGAAUUCCCUCACAGCUCGGGAAUUUAGUCGAGUUACAAGCCUUGAGACUUUACCAAAACGAGUUAAACUCAACAAUCCCAGACUCAUUAUACCAGCUCAACUCACUAACCCAUUUGGGUCUCUCACAGAACAACUUUUCCGGCACGAUCUCGCCCGAAAUAUCUUCCUUGAGGUCACUUGAAGUGUUGACUCUCCACGAGAACAAUUUUACCGGCCGUGUCCCAAUAAGCAUAACAGAGCUAACCAACUUGACUUACUUGACGAUAAGCUUCAACUCGUUCAACGGGCCCAUCCCGGAAAAAAUCGGGUCAAUGUACAAACUGACGAACCUAACCGCGCACGACAAUCUUCUAGACGGGCCCAUUCCAGCUGGCAUUGCCAACUGUACAGCCCUUGUCGCGAUUACUCUUACCAACAACAGGUUAACAGGCCGGAUACCAAACGGGCUGGGCCGGCUUUCGAAUCUCACUUUCCUUUCUUUAGGAGGGAAUCGAAUCUCGGGAAGUAUUCCCGACGAUAUCUACAACUGCACGCAGCUUCGAAUGCUCGAUUUGAGCCGUAACAGACUCGACGGCACGCUAAAACAGGACAUUGGCCGGCUCGUGAAUCUCAGAUCCUUACGGGCUUUUGAGAACACGUUAUCCGGCCCGAUUCCGGAGGAGAUUGCUAAUUUGGGCAGUCUGGUUUAUCUGGAGAUCAGCGGGAACCGUUUUUCGGGCCCGAUUCCAGCAAGAGUUUCGGAGCUCGAUUUCCUUCAAGGCCUCUCAUUGGGAGGAAACGAGCUCGAAGGUACAAUCCCCGAAGAGCUUUCUCGACUGACAAUGCUUACUGAUCUUGAGCUGCAGAACAAUCGAUUGUUCGGUACGAUUCCGGACGAACUUUCCGAACUCGAAUCCCUUUCGUAUUUGGAUUUAAGCGGGAACAGACUCAACGGCACCAUUUCAAGAAGAUUGGCCCGUCUUACUCGACUGACGAACUUGGAUCUUUCGAAUAAUCGUUUUACCGGGAUAAUCCCGGGCUCAGUUAUUGCCGGCAUGAGGAACAUUCAGCUUUCUUUCAACUUAUCACACAAUCUCUUGGAAGGGAUGAUUCCAGAGGAAAUGGGCAUGCUGGAAAUGGUUCAAAGACUCGAUUUUUCGAACAACUAUAUAACCGGAAGCAUUCCUCGUGCGGUGGGAGGCUGCCGGAAUUUGGUCUCUCUCGACCUGUCGGAAAACAGACUCUCCGGCGAAGUCCCGGCAGAGAUUUUCCCUCAGCUCUCUCAGCUGACUAGCUUGAAUAUAUCUGGAAACCAGCUGAACGGCACGAUCCCUGAUAUACCCCUGGGCCUGAGUCAUCUCUCGACAGUCGAUUUAUCUCGAAACAGGCUCGUUGGCGAAAUUCCGGCCAGCCUGGCGAAUAUAUCGAGCUUACAAUAUCUAAACCUCUCUUUCAACAUGCUCGAAGGCCGUGUACCCGAGUCCGGCGUGUUUUCAAGCAUGAAUGUAACCAGUUUACAGGGAAAUCGAAAUCUCUGUGGGAAAACAUUUCUGAAAAGAUGCAAGAGCAAGAAAAAGUCGAAAAAAACAAAGAUUCUGUUUUGGACACUCAGCGGAAGUUUUCUUGUGCUCGUUUUUUUUCUUCUAGCAGCAUUCUGCAUUACUCGAGUGAUACGAAAGGGCAAGAAGGGAAUCGAUAGUUCGGAAAAUAACCGAUUCCCUUCGGCAGUUUUGCUGAAAAGAUACGAACCGAAGGAUAUAGCAAUUGCUACAAACUCCUUCAGCCAGGACAACAUAAUCGGGUCAAGCUCAUUAAGUACCGUCUACAAAGGAAAUCUUGAAAACGGGCAAAAAGUAGCCGUUAAAAAGCUGAACUUGGAGCAAUUUGCAGAGGAAUCCGACAAGUGUUUUUACCGCGAAGUCAACAUUUUGGGAAAGUUACGGCACAGGAAUUUGGUUAAAAUACUCGGCUACUCGUGGGAGAGUGGGAAUCUCAAAGCAUUAGUCUUGGAAUACAUGGAGCAUGGGAAUUUGGACAUGAUUAUACACGACCCGAAUAACGGUUGGACUCUUGUGAAGAGGGUCGAUUCGUUGGUUUCGAUCGCGAGAGGUUUGGUAUACCUGCACGCGGGGUACGAUUUCCCUAUCGUGCAUUGUGAUUUGAAGCCGAGUAAUAUUCUUCUUGAUGCUGAGCUGGAGGCCCACGUGAGUGACUUCGGUACAGCAAGAAUGCUCGGUGCUUGUUCAUGUUCGUCGGCUUUCGAAGGGACUAUUGGCUACUUAGCUCCAGAAUUCGCUUACAUGGGGAAAGUCACGACGAAAGUAGAUGUUUUCAGCUUCGGCAUUAUAAUGAUGGAGCUGAUCACGAGAAAGAGGCCAACGGGACUCGCGAGCGAGGAUGGAUUGCAGAUCACUUUAUCACAGCUUGUCGAGCGAGCGCUUGAUCGACAACAGCAAGGAAUUAACGGCUUGGAUCGAGUUGUGGAUCACGAUUUAUUAGCUUCGAAUAAUCUUGAAGUUCUUGAGGAGCUUCUGCAGUUGGCUUUAUCCUGCACCAGUGCAGUACCAGAUAACAGACCCGACAUGGAACACGUGCUGUCCGCUCUUUCGAAAAUUCGGAAAAUGGCAAUAGAUAAUGUCUAG